AUGGAAACUGAAACGAAAGCUGUAAUAAGUCCGGUUCGAAGUCACAGGAGGCUUGUUGUGUUAUACGAAUAUGCAAUGACAGAAGAGCAGAAAAUUCAAAAUUACGUUUCACUUUACAUAGGAAUUGGAAGUCCUCUGCUACGCUCCAGAAAAUUUCAAAUGAAAUUUUCUCCUGAAGUUGUUGUCAUAGUAUAG